AUGGGUGACUUUCGUGCAGUGUGCUCGGCAGCGGGAGUGACGUUUCUGGCAUGUUUCCUGGUUCUGGUCGUCAUGGCUUUGUUUGUGGCCCUCCUUUCCCCGGAGCACUGUUCCGAUGUCCACGACCAUGAUCACACCCACUAUGAUCCCCAUGAUCCUCACUACUACUUGCCCGUAGCUGGGACCGAUGAACCCUGCGACUUCGGCCAGUCAAUGUUCCUGGUUUUCACGACGUUUGUCGCUGGGAGUUGGGGUCAUCUAUACCCAUCCGAGAGCCAGCGCUGGGCGAUCUGUUUAGUUGCGUCCUUGGGCUAUCUAUGGCCGCUCAUGUCCACAGGAGUUCUGUUGUUCCAGAUGAAGCAGAAAUCGUUGUUGCGGCUUGCAGCUACCAGCCUGGCAGUGUGGUAUGUCACUACGGCACUGGUUGGCAACUUGCUCUUGAGUGCCCUGAUGUUGAUUCGCGAAGACGAUGCAGUUGAAGAUGUCGGACAUGAAGCGGAACCUUCCUACGGUAUCUGGCUGUACUUCGCGUGGAUGACAUAUCACCUGCGGGCCUUUGGGGAGGUCAGUCCACAUGGCUUUGUUCAAGAUUUGGUCAGCCUGCUGAUUGUCAUGAUGGGCAGCCUCUGCUGGGUGCUACCUUUGUUCACAGUGGCGCGGCAAACCGUGCUGGACCCCGGGGCCAGUCUCUUCUCCUCCGGCCCGAACGGCCAAUUUAAGCCUUUGUGCCGCAGGGCUGUGCAAGCGGUGGCACUGCCCUACGGCUGCUGCGUCAUUGUUCUUCUUAUCUUGGCGGGCAUCUAUUUCGCCUUGUGCACCGCAGACGAGUGCUCAGUGACGGAAUACAUCGGAUAUGGCGGUGCACUGCACCUCCUGUGGACAACCUUCCACGGAGCCACUUGGGGCCAUGUAAGUCCCGAAGGAGGCGUGCAGCAGGCUGUAGCCUGCAUCGUCGCCAGCUUGGGAUACCUUUGGCGCCAGUUGGUUCUUCUCCUGCUCCUUAGGUCCAUCAACCAACGUGAGAUCGCCAGAAAGUACACAGGCGCCCUUUUGGGCACCUAUUCUUGCUUCGCUCUCUUAGGAAACCUAAUACUGGCCGCUGUUGUCCUGGCCGUGGACAUGAACUCCGUGGGUGGAAGCUACGGCACUUCACUGUACUAUGCCUGGAUGACCUACCAUGGACGGGCAUACGGUGAAUACGCGCCCAUGUCCGCAGGUGGAGAAGCGAUUGCAGCACUGCUCGCCUGCCUGGGCAACUUGGGCUGGGUCUGGCCGCUUUUGCUUGUGGUCCGGAGCUCUGUGUUGGCCACCGUCCUCAGCACCGUGGUCCCCAUGGAGUCCGCUCCACAGGCAGCGCAGGUCGUUGGGGCACAGUUCGGAAACGACGCCGAGGCUUGA